GCACCCCGAAGUGCCCGGGCGCACCCCGGCUAGGCGGGGCGGGGCGCGGCCCACGUGACCCCGGGCAGGCGGCUCCAGCACCUCGCCAGCUGCCCACCGGCUCCGGCAGGGCCUGGGACCAGCGCUUAGCGACCUCCACAGGGAGACCCGGUGUGACCCUGCCCGGAAGCAGAGAUGGGGAGAAAACUGGACCUUUCCAAGCUCACGGACGACGAGGCCAGGCACGUCUGGGAGGUCGUGCAGCGAGACUUCGACCUCAGGAGGAAAGAGGAAGAGAGACUGCAGGGCUUGAAGGGCCAGAUUCAGAGGGAGAGCUCCAAGAGGGAGCUGCUCGCCGACACGGCGCACCUGAACGAGACGCACUGCGCCCGCUGCCUGCGGCCCUACCAGCUCCUGGUCAACAGCAGAAGGCAGUGCCUGCACUGCGGCCUCUUCGCCUGCAGGAGCUGCAGCCGCGCCCACCCCGAGGAGCAGGGCUGGCUCUGUGACCCCUGCCACCUGGCCAGAGUGGUGAAGAUGGGCUCUCUCGAGUGGUACUACGAACACGUGCGGGCCCGCUUCAAGCGAUUCGGCAGCGCCAAGGUGAUCCGGUCCCUGUACGGGCGGCUGCAGCAGGGAGGUGGGCCUGAGCCAGGCCUUGAGGAGAGAAGUGGAGACAGCGACCUGGCAGAUGAGCAUGGAGAGCCAGACGCGGGGGCCCAGGCCCCACCUCUCGGCACCAAAAAAAAGCGGCUCCUCUCCAUCCACGACCUGGACUUGGAGGCGGACUCGGAUCACUCCACGCGGUCCUGUGGUCAGCUCCUGGACUUGUCCUCGGAGGCUGAGGCCACGGGCAGCCUGCAGUCCCUCACAGGUGAGCCCCACACCUGGGAGACCACCUCCCAGGAGACGGCCGUCCUGGAGGAAGCUGACCCAGGGGCCUCCGAGUGCCAGCCCCCUGCAGAACCUCUGGGCGGCCUCUCGCCCUCCAGACGGGAGGCCCCCGAGGAGCCCUGCCAGCCCGGAACCACCAGCAGCACGGGCCUGGGGCUUGCCGCCGCUCCAGGGACGGCCUCUGGCAGCAGUGGGCAGCUCCCCCCGCAGUGCCAGGCCGACGUGGACACCUCUGACGAAGGAGGCACUGGGGUAGCCUCGGCGGCUGGCCCCCACCCCAGACGCUGGAGCUGGACCUCGUCUGACAGUCAGCCCCCAGCUGCCGGGCCGCACUCAGCGGCAGACACGGAGGAGGAGGCCCUCAGGAGAAGGCUGGAGGAGCUGACCAGCAAUGUCAGCGACCAGGAGGAGGAAGAGGGAGAGCCGGCCGGCGGGGACCACGCCGGGGCUCUCCCCCCGCGGUCCCGGCAGGACCCAGCACAGGUGUGCACAGACGCCGGCCCAACGCCCGGCCGGGGACAGAGCCCUCAGGGCGCCGGGGGCCCCGCCCAGCCCAGCAGGAGCACAGACGAGCAGCUGUCGGCGCUGGAGGACAGGGUGGCGGCCGCGGCCUCCGAGGUUCAGCAGGCAGAGAGCGAGGUGUCCGCUAUCGAGUCCAGGAUUGCUGCCUUGAGGGCUGCGGGGCUCACGGUGAAGCCCUCGGGAAAGCCCCGGAGGAAAUCGAACCUCCCGAUCUUUGUGCCCCGGCUUCUCGGGACCCCCAGCAAGCGUCCAGAGGACCCGGAUACAGAGCCUCCUGGUGAAGCCAAGGACGAGACCGUGCCCUACCUUCUGCGGAGAAAGUACUCCCCCAGAGGUCAAGGCAAAGAUGAGGUCUCUCUUGACCGGAAGUCCCCGUACCGUGGCUCCCUGACCCAGAGGAACCCCAGCAGGAGGAGGGGAGCGGCCAGCGCCAUCUUCACGAAGCCCGUGAUGGCCCAGCAGCCCUGAAGGGAGCAGGCAGAGCAGCGACCUGGCCCCACGCCGGCUUCCCUCCCCUGGCUCUCGCUGUCUGCUCUCCGUGGCCGGCGGCCCGGUAAGAAGCAUCCGCCCGUGUGGCCCCCGCCUGCCAGAGCCUCAGGCCCCUCGCUGCCCACCAGCUUCUCCGACGACCUCCAAGGCUACCAUGCAAGCCCCUCUGGGCCAAGAAUCAGCCGAGCCAAAGAGACUCUGGACAGUGUAGACACUGAAGACACGCACGUGGCCCUUCCCCAAGUGACCUUUCACCCCGCCCCUCCCCCGGCUGUUCUGUGUUGCUUUCCUGAAUGGAUCGGAGAAGAGACAACCCAGUGGAGGCGCCA